GUUGAUGUUCAGUUAUGUUCGCUUCGAGCAGUGGCUUUCAUACCAGUUGUUCUGCACUUCACUACACCACCCUACACACUUCUACACUUCACUACAUCACAUACUUGACUAGCAGGAAGCCACACUGGUUUGCUGCUCCGCGUGACUUGUCACUUGUUGCAGAUGUCAACCAGGGGUAGCGCGCGCCGAGUAGCCGAAUAGUCCCCGGUCUCGCGGGGAGACUUGUUUGGAUAAGAUGAGUAGUAAGUAUUUUGGUAUGCCGGAGUUCUAGUUUGAUACGCCCUUUACGGAAAUCCGUGACUACGGAAAAACAGCGGAAUGGCCAGAUCUCGACAGUUUACAUUUCUGAAGGUAGGUUUCCUUACAAUCGGUACUAUUCAGGUAGAUCCGAGUGUAUUCUGUUCUAUUAUGUAUAACACUGUUGUGUGUGGGUAAAUAUAACUACGAAUGAAGACCUGAUAACAAAUAGAAGUACAAUCUGGAUUGUUCUCUCUUCCUCCUUUCUUUUCCAGCCUCAAUAGUAACCAAACCUGGUAGAGGGGAUGUUUUAGCUUGUUGACAAAGCCGUUGUAAGUUGUAAGGUGCGGUCUCUGAGUUGAGGUCAUGGCUUCCCUUGAGGAGCUGCCCCUGUUGCCGGUGUUUGACGGCGUGAAGCUAGCAGCCCUGGCCACCGUCCUCUAUGUCAUCGUACGGAGUCUUCACCUGAAGAGCUCCCCCGCUCCCCCCCAUGUCACCUAUCAGGACACGCCUCUGAAUAGAUUCCUGUUCAAGUCCUGCCAAAUACUGACCCAGGAAUACAUCCCUCCUUUGCUUUGGGGUAAAAGCGGCCACAUCCAGACAGUCCUGUACGGUAAGAUGGGCCGCGUCGCCACCCCCAAGCCGUGCGGGGUCCGCACCUUCCUGCCUAUGGAGGACGGGGCCACCAUGACCUUUGACAUUUUUGAAGCGCUUGGAGACCACAGUACGCAAGAUGACAUCACCAUGGUUAUCUGCCCUGGGAUCGGUAACCAUAGCGAGAAGCAAUACAUUCGAACCUUUGUGGACCACUCCCAGAGGAAAGGCUACAGGUGUGCUGUCCUCAACCAUCUGGGAGCCCUGCCCGACAUAGAGCUCACCUCCCCGCGCAUGUUCACCUAUGGUUGUACCUGGGAGUUUGCAGCCAUGGUGAGCCACAUCAAGCGGGAGUUCCCCCAGACACUCAUGGCCGUGGUAGGCUUCAGCCUUGGGGGGAACAUCGUGUGCAAGUUCCUGGGGGAGAGACACUCCAACCAGGAGAGAGUGCUCUGCUGUGUGAGUGUGUGCCAGGGAUACAGUGUUCUAAGGGCCCAGGAGACCUUCCUCCAGUGGGACCAGGGCAGGAGACUCUAUAACUUCCUGUUAGCGAGCAAGAUGAAGAAGAUCAUCCUCGCUCACAGGGACACUUUGUUUGGCACCAAGUCCAGCAGACUGGAUGAUGCAGAUCUGAACAGACUGCGGGCAGCCACCUCAUUAAUGCAAAUUGAUGACACCAUUAUGAGGAAAUUCCACGAUUACCACUCGUUGAAAGAGUACUAUGAGACGGAAAGCUGUGUUCAGUACAUGCACAAUAUCUCAGUCCCUCUCCUCCUGGUCAACGCAGUAGAUGACCCCUUAGUUCACCCGUCACUGCUGGCCAUCCCACGCACACUCGCAGACAAAAAAGCCAACGUGCUGUUUGUGCUGACUCAGCACGGGGGUCACCUCGGCUUCUUCGAGGGGGCCGUGCUGUUGCCCAAGCCCCUCACCUGGAUAGACAAGCUGAUCGUCAGCUACACCGACACCCUGUGCCAGUGGGGGCGGCAGCCACCCCACACCCCCCAGGACGGACACAGGCUACGCAGCGCCCAGUGACACCGGCACGGGGCCCAGACACGCCUUCACCCGGUGACGAGGGCCAGGAGAACUAAACACACGCCUUCCAUUGUAUGCGUACCGCCACCGGUAUAUACACGCACACACUACCCCUCUCCAAAGCAUUCUUACACACCCACAAAUGGAGACACUACGCCUCUAUUGCUUUUAUUUUGAUCUACCUCCUUCGCUCGAGCCUGCUUGCAAAAUGCAAAAAGUAUAGUCAUCAUGAGCUUGCUACAAACUCAUGUGGAGCUAUUGUAUAAUGUGUGAGACGGGCAGCCUAUAGUUUCAAAAUGUAGGCUUUUGAUAAGAAGCCUUUAUCUGCACUGUACUACCUCCCCAAUGGCUUAACUGCUACGUUAUUGAGAUGAUUAUUACAUGCCAGUAUAUUCUCAGUCUAUUUGUGUGACUGGUAAUCCGUUCACUUUGAAGGACCUUUUGCUUAAUAAAACAAAUUGUAUGUACAUCUGUUGAUUUCUUUGAAUUCAUGCUCACUUUACCUAUCCGUGCAUACGAAAUAUGCAGAUAACACCUCAUAUUCAAAUUUAGUAGUAUAUAAAUAAACAAGGACAUUUAUGUAACAUUUAUAUACAGUUUAUUAUUCUUUCACAAAAUGGUGCAAAUCUGUGCACCGGGUUCACAGGUGCAUCCGGUAAACUUUUAAAUUCAUUGUUUGAUUAUUCUCUUGGAAGCUUGGGCCAGCCAGUUUACUGAACAAGCUGUGUGGGUGAGGUGUAUCAGAUGGGGAAGGCUAGAUUAUAUCAGAUCCAUUUCAUUUAUAUUUGUAUAUGUUACUAAUUGUCCGAAGAACUGCACAUAGCAAAUAAGAUGCUAAGUAAAGUAGUAUGUCAGCUUUUUUAAUCAAAGCAUCAUAUUUAACCCAUUAGUAAUACUACGUUGGAUACAACAUCUUUCCCAAUGUUUAUAUGCAACCACACAGCUAUAGAUGUUGAGUUACAGGGUUGGAGCCUAGAAUAGCUCCCAGAUUUGUAUACACAAGGAGGAAGGGAUUCCUAGUCAAACAGUUUGGCAGCUGUUUCUUUUCCAUUGUAUUUGGAAGCUUUCCCGUCAAAAUCAGAAGGGAGGAUGUCCUCCUCAAACU